UGCCCGCUGUCUUGCCAGAUGACUCGGUGCCCGCUGUCUUGCCAGAUGACUCGGUGCCCGCUGUCCUGCCAGAUGACUCGGUGCCCGCUGUCCUGCCAGAUGACUCGGUGCCCGCUGUCGUGCCAGAUGACUCGGUGCCCGCUGUCGUGCCAGACGACUCGGUGCCCGCUGUCGUGCCAGACGACUCGGUGCCCGCUGUCGUGCCAGACGACUCGGUGCCCGCUGUCGUGCCAGACGACUCGGUGCCCGCUGUCGUGCCAGACGACUCGGUGCCCGCUGUCGAGCCAGACGACUCGGUGCCCGCUGUCGAGCUUGACGACUCGGUGCCCGCUGUCGAGCUUGGUGACUUGGUGCCCGCUGUCCUGCCAGAUGACUCGGUGCCUGCUGUCAAGCUUGGUGACCCGGUGCCCGCUGUCGUGCCAGACGACUCGGUGCCCGCUGUCGUGCCAGACGACGCGGUGCCCGUUGUCGUGCCAGACGACGCGGUGCAAGCUGUCGAGGCAGACGACGCGGUGCCCGCUGUCGAGGCAGACGACGCGGUGCCCGCUGUCGAGCCAGACGACUCGGUGCCCCGCUGUCGAGCCAGACGACUCGGUGCCCGCUGUCGAGCCAGACGACUCGGUGCCUGCUGGCAAGCUUGGUGACCCGGUGCCCGCUGUCGUGCCAGAUGACUCGGUGCCCGCUGUCGUGCCAGACGACUCGGUGCCCGCUGUCGUGCCAGACGACUCGGUGCCCGCUGUCAAGCCAGACGACUCG